GCCCAGCUGGGGUGUUCGGGACGGACUGGCGCCGAGCUCUGGCGGCAGCUUAGGACCCCUGGCGUUCUGGGUGGGGGGAGGGAAGCUGUCAAACGGCGAGGCGAAGGCAGGGGGGGAAGCAGGGAGCCCCGCCCCUCCGUCAUCGCGGCUUCGGGCGCCGCCUCUUCCUUUUCAGCCUCCUACCCUCACCAGCUUCCGGCGCUGUGGCCGGGCUGGGAUGCGUAGGCUCCCUAGGGAGUUGCCUCGGGGCUGUGGCCCCCUCCUAGGGUGUGGGUAGAUACCUGGUGCCCUGUAGGGACUGUGUCCGGGAGGAGCCGGCCAGAACGGGCUUCAGACGCGGCUGCUCUGGUCGGCCUCUGGUUCGGGGCGACCCGCUAGGCCUUUUGCCCUGAGAACCACGGGUCAGAGCAACUUAUCCAAAGCGUGGAGGAUGUAACUCUUACUGAGAGGCUUCAAAGCUCCAAUUCAGCUUCAUGCUUCAAUGUAUGGAACUUUCUCAACAAAGAUAACAGUGCUUCAGAGUGACACCUAGUGAACACUUCUGCCCUCAAGAUGCUUUUCCCUGUCAGAAGCCUAAGGAACUCAGUCCUGAAUACCUGGUGAUGAGAGGAUGUGGCCCCUGGACCCAUCCCGGAAGGAGGUGCUGAGGUUUGCAGUCAGCUGCCGUGUUCUGACUCUGGUGCUACAGGCCGUCUUUAAUGCAGUGAUCCCAGAUCACCAUGCAGAAGCUUUCUCUCCUCCUCGCCUGGCCCCUUCAGGCUCUGUGGACCAACUUGUGGAAGGUCUCCUAGGGGGUCUGUCUCGCUGGGAUGCUGAACACUUCCUCUUCAUUGCUGAGCAUGGGUACCUAUAUGAGCACAACUUUGCCUUCUUUCCUGGUUUUCCCUUGGCCCUGCUUAUGGUGACUGAACUGCUGGGACCCUUGCAGGGGUUCCUGAGCCUCCGGAGUUGCCUGCUGAUUGCAGUAGCCUUGCUCAAUUCCUUAUUUUCUGUGCUGGCGGCAGUCGCACUUCAUGACCUAGGCCGUCUGGUUUUGCACUGUCCCCACCAGGCUUUUUAUGCAGCACUGCUCUUCUGCCUCAGCCCUGCCAAUGUCUUCCUGGCAGCUGGUUACUCAGAAGCUUUGUUUGCCCUCCUGACAUUCAGUGCCCUGGGGCAGCUGGAAAGGGGCCGAGUCUGGACUAGUGGACUCCUCUUUGCCCUUGCUACUGGUGUACGCUCCAAUGGGCUGGUCAAUGUUGGCUUCCUUAUACAUUCUCAGUGUCAAGGCUUUUUCUAUUCUCUUACAGUGCUGAAUCCCCUGAGACAGUUCUUGAAGCUGAUCUUCUCUCUGUUUCUGUCGGUGCUUACACUUGGCCUUCCCUUUGCCCUCUUUCAGUAUUACGCCUAUGCCCUAUUCUGUCUACCCAGCUUGGCUCACCCCAUUCCUGAGCCCUUGGUACAGUUAGCUGUGGACAAGGGCUACCGGACUGCAGAGGGAAAUAAGCCACCUUGGUGCUUCUGGGACCUUCCCCUAAUAUACAGCUAUAUCCAGGAUGUCUAUUGGAAUGUUGGCUUUUUGAAAUACUAUGAGCUCAGACAGGUGCCAAAUUUUCUGUUGGCUACACCAAUGGCUAUACUGGUUGCCUGGGCAACUUGGACAUAUGUAACCACCCACCCUUGGCUCUGCCUUACACUUGGACUGCAAAGGUGCAAGAGCAGUAAGACCCCAGAAAAGCCUGAUCCUGGAUUCCUCAGUCCUCAAGUGUUUGUGUACCUGAUCCACGCUGCAGUGUUGCUGCUGUUUGGAGGUCUGUGCAUGCAUGUUCAGGUUCUUACCAGGUUUUUGGGCUCCUCCACUCCUAUUGUGUACUGGUUUCCAGCUCACUUGCUUCAGGAUCAGGAGCCACUGUUGAGAUCCCUAGAGACUGUGCCUUGGAAGCCUCCUGCAGGGGACUCCCCACCAGGACAGAAGGUCCCCAGAAAUCCUAUCAUGGGGCUUUUGUACAACUGGAAGACCUGUUCUUCAGUCACACGGUACAUUCUAGGCUACUUCCUAAGUUACUGGCUCCUGGGACUGCUCCUGCAUUGCAACUUCCUGCCUUGGACAUGACUUGGAUUCUCCAGGGACAAGCUGGAAACUAGCUUUACCCAUGGGUCUGAAAUUAAAAAUACACAUCGGGACUUCC